AGUAAUUAGAAGCCUGUACUGGAAACAAGGCCUUUGCCAGUGAGUGACUCCGCCGAGACGCCAAAAUGAGCCGCGGGGCAGCAACUGGAGCCAAGGGCAAGAGGAAGGGAAUCAGCUUCGUAAUCGAUUGUUCGAAGCCGGUCGAAGAUAAGAUCAUGGACGUCGCCUCGCUUGAGAAGUUCCUUCAGGAGAGGAUUAAAGUCGGUGGCAAGGCCGGUGCCCUCGGUGAUUCCGUCACCGUCACUCGUGACAAGAGCAAAAUCACCGUUACUUCCGACAGCAAUUUCUCUAAACGGUAUUUGAAAUAUUUGACAAAGAAGUACCUGAAGAAGCAUAAUGUGAGGGAUUGGCUACGCGUGAUCGCAUCCAACAAGGACCGCAAUGUCUAUGAGUUGAGAUACUUCAACAUCGCCGAGAACGAGGGAGAGGAGGAGGACUAGAAAUCUGAGUCUGUCGCGGGGCAUUAAGACGCUAUCUAUUAGUCUGUGUCGUUGUGGAGUUUCCUUGGUUUGUUUAUCAUAUUAACUUUUAGUGGUUAAUUAAUAUUCUUGUGUUUCUUUUUGGUUGACCAAUUUUGUACGCGUUUAAGUUUUAUACUUUAGUGAUCAUUGAUCGCGGAGGUAAUUAUUAAAACUGGUUUUGAAUAAGCAUAUAUGUUUACAAGCGGUUCCCAAGAA